AAAGAGGUGGGAUCCUUUGUCGCGAUGUGGGGUGGCCGUAAACUGGGCUCCUCCGGGGAUUGGUUUUUAAGAGUGGUGGGGCCUGGAGGCCGGAAUACAAAAGCUGCACGUCCUCUAAUUUCCUCGGCGGUUUAUGUGAAGAACCAGCUCGGUUCGACUCUACAGAUUAAACCAGGGGUUUUCAAUGAAUACAGAACCAUGUGGUUCAAAUCCUACAGGACGACCGUUUCCUGUUUGAACAGAAUAAAGAGUUUCAGGUACCCUUGGGCGAGACUGUACAGUACUUCCCAAACCACUGUCGACAGCGGUGAGGUAAAAACCUUCUUGGCCCUGGCUCACAAAUGGUGGGAUGAGCAAGGAGUAUAUGCACCUCUUCAUUCCAUGAAUGACCUGAGGGUGCCAUUUAUUAGGGACAAUCUUCUGAAAACAAUUCCUAAUCACCAGCCAGGAAAACCUUUGUUUGGGAUGAAGAUUCUUGACGUUGGCUGUGGUGGUGGGCUGUUAACUGAACCUCUAGGGCGGCUUGGGGCUUCAGUUAUUGGAAUCGAUCCUGUGGAUGAGAACAUUAAAACAGCACAAUGCCAUAAAUCAUUUGAUCCAGUCCUGGAUAAGAGAAUAGAGUACAGAGUGUGCUCCCUGGAAGAGAUUGUGGAAGAGACUGCAGAAACAUUUGAUGCUGUUGUAGCUUCUGAAGUUGUAGAACAUGUGAUUGAUCUAGAAACAUUUUUACAGUGCUGCUGUCAAGUGUUAAAACCCGGUGGUUCUUUGUUCAUUACUACAAUCAACAAAACACAACUUUCCUAUGCCUUGGGAAUUGUUUUUUCAGAGCAAAUUGCAGGUAUUGUACCAAAAGGUACUCAUACAUGGGAGAAGUUUGUUUCACCUGAAACACUAGAGAGCAUUCUGGAAUCAAAUGGUCUGUCAGUUCAAACGGUGGUAGGAAUGCUCUAUAACCCCUUCUCAGGUUACUGGCAUUGGAGUGAAAAUACCAGCCUUCACUAUGCAGCUCAUGCUGUGAAAUCCAGGGUCCAGGAACACCCAACCUCUGCUGAGUUUGUUUUAAAGGGAGAAACAGAAGAGCUCCAAGCUAAUGCCUGCACCAAUCCAGCUGUACAUGAAGAGCUGAAGAAAUGAAUUGUUUCUGAGAACUAUAGUAAUAUGGCUUGGAUAUCUGAUGUUUUCAAAUACAAGAAAUGUACAAUUUAUCCUUUGAGAGAGAAUCAUAAAGAAAAGAAGGUCAAUAAAAAGGGCUAAAACCUUGGACAAAAGUUUUUGUUAUUUCAUCUAAUAGCUACUUCCAAGGGAUUCUAUGAAUAAAAAGUUUUGUCAAGA